AUGAAAACCACCCUUUACUGAAAAACAAUAAAAUCUAAGAGAAUGAAAUUUUCAUAUUCUCUAUCCAAACGAUUUGUUUCCCCUAUUUUGGCUAUGCAGUUCCUCAUCAUACAUAGUGUUUCUUCAUUGAACCUUACCAAUGAGUAUCUCAACCACAAAUGCUUCCUUGAUCAAGGGAUAUAUAAUACUGGAAGUGAGUACGAGGACAGCCUCAACAUUAUUUUACGUAGUGUUCGUACUGGUAGUUAUUAUAAGAACGGUUUCAUGCGCACAAGCAAGGGUCGUGAACCUGCUCCUGAUGCUGUCACCGUCAUGUUCCAGUGUCGUGGUGACUCUUAUGGGUCUAAAUGCCGUACAUGUGCCGACACCGCAGUCGCAGGGUUUCGUAGAAGAUGUCUAAGGAACAAAGGAGGAAUAAUAUGGUACGACCAAUGUUUUCUCUGGGUUAGUGCAAUCGGUGAAGACAUGCCAAUCAAUACUAAUUACAAGAAUAUUUUUUCUAUGUACAACCCAAAUAACGUAAGAGGGGAUGCAAAAUUGUUUGCCAAGAGGGUGGUGGAUUUUUUCUCUGAGCUAACACUUAAGGUUGAUAAAAAUACCGAAGUCGACUCUGUCGUCAUAUUUUACGCAGAAGGGAAAAAGAAGCUUGGGAAAAAUACAUUGUAUGCAAUGGUGCAGUGUGUAGAACUAACAAUAGAUUGUAAAAGUUGUUUGACAUGGAGUAUCGCAAAGCUUUUCAAAAACGACGACAUUAAACAAGGAGGGAGAGUUUUGGGUUCGAACUGUGAAAUAAGAUAUGAGCUAUACCCUUUUAUUAGGAGUUAAGCAUUUUUUAUGGUGGUGAUGAAUACAUCCGCUUCAUAAUUUCCAAUUAUGUUUUAGUUUUGUUUACUUUUUUUUUGCUCAAAUUUAAUACAUAUAUUAAUAAAUAGAGUGUUUAAG